GUAGAAGAAGAACACGAACCAUAGCAACAGUUAAACAAAGAUGGCUGUCUUAAUUUGUACAGUAUGGCUUAUUUUGUCCAUAUGCAGUUUAUUUAUAUCUAUACGUUCUGUUUGUUCCACUGAAAAUACAACGAGCGACGUCGUUAAGAGCACCGUGCCAGUAGAACAAAACUCUAAAUCCAGUUUUACCGACAUUUAUACAUCUACAGAACCGACAACAACACAGAGCUUCUACCGUCCCACAGAGCAGCGUCCCGCAGCCGCGGAGCCCCUGCCUGUCUCCGGGAGCAUCCACUCUCCGGUGGCCGGCGCUGACAGGUUGUGUCCCUGUGACGAGAACACGGCUGUGUGUGACAUAAACUGCUGCUGCGACAGAGAGUGUAACGAAGAGGUGGCUCUGUUCACCAGCUGCUCAAUCAGUGCUGUAAGGAGUGGCAGCAAACAGCUGUGCAGCCAGGAUGUAGCACAGUACACUUUAAGGACCACCGUGGAUGGCUACUCAGAGCUGCAGUCGUCUGUUCAGAAGGAGACAAAUUAUGACAUCCUCUGCAUCCAGGCACAAAACCGUUACGAUGGACUGUCUCAUCCCUCACCACGUCUUCCAACUGACAGCAACUUUGAUUCCCUCUUCAGUCAGUUUGUCAGCUUUAUAUUUGGCUCAGAGCUCAGUGAUGAGGUGCUGCCUGCAAAGGUCCAGACCUUAACCGGAUACCAGUUCGGGGAUGUUUUGGAUACAGCAGAGCAGAGUGGACAGAGAGGGAUGUUCUACCUUCCAGCUCCCGGUAUCACUGCUGACUGUGUGAACAACAGUCCUGCAGCAUUCCUGAAGGACCAAAGCAGUCGAUGUUCCCAGCAUGUGGCCCUGGAUGGGGACUGUAGCUCUCUGCGGGCCCUCAGGAUGGACACCUACACUAACAUCCAGCUGUUUGCUGGGAAGAACGCUGAUGCACCAGUUGUUCCUGUGGAUGUGGCUUCAGUCAUCCUGCAGUCGACAGAGGGGACACAAACUGAGCUGGCUGUCAGUGAUGGAGUGAACCUCCUUCCUGUACUCAUUACCCCCACCCUCUGUGCUAAUGUGGUGCUGAAGGUUGUUUAUGUGAUUAAGUAUAACUCAGCUGGUGAGGUAGAGAAUGGAAGUGUGUCUCUGGUGCUUGGAUUUAUCAGUGAAGCUGAAGUGUUGCUGCAGCAGGAGUUUCAGGUCAUGUAUAUCCAGGGAGACGUUGGGGGGCGUGCGGUCCAUUAUAAUGGAAACCCAGGUUAUGUGGUUGGAAUGCCUCUCAUGUCUGGAGACAGAUCAGCAGAUGGCAUCACUAGAAGCAUCAACAGCAAAGACACUCUGUCUCUGCUGUGUAGUACCAAAGACCAGGACUGUCUGCAGGGUCCUCACCAGCGCUCUCCUAUCCUGUUUGGUCUGGACUAUGUGUCUGGCUGCACAUUAAGACUGGAGGACAUAACCAACUGCUCCCUCAUCUCCCAGCUGAUCCUGGAUGUUCUGAGAGGACCAAAUUCUCCCCAGUAUGUGGCUUCCUUUGGAAACUCCCCAUUAGAAAAUGUACUGGACUGGGUUCCAGUCAAAACCAACAUCAAUCCCACGACAGCACAAAGUUGCAACAUCCCACUGUCGAUCCAUUUAGAAAUAGAAUGGACCAAAUAUGGAUCCCUGGUGAACCCCCAAGCUCAGAUUGUGAACAUCAGAGAGGUGAUUGAAACCAACCGCAGCAGUUUGGCCCCGCUUUCUGGUGGCACCAGCAUUUUACCAAUCAGAAGCUCAGUAGCCUUCAUACCUGUGUCUGCUGCAGCUCUUCCUGGUUACAGAGCCACACCCAGCAUCAAUGCUAAGCUACCCUUUGACUUUUUCUUCCCUUUUGUCUGAACCUUCAGUAUGAAUGUGGGAUUUCUCUUAAAAACACUGCCUGGUUUUUCUGUUAUUGUGUAAAUACUGUAAAUAGGUUUCUAUGUGAUGAUUUUAGAAAUAAAGUAUUUUAUGUUGCUUAUCAAA